CUGGCGCAUCGAGACGCGGAUCUAGCUCCUGGCCCGAAAUUGCACAGUCAACGUCCCAGUCAUCGUCAAGCCUCAGCCUCGAGUGCCUCUGGUCUGCCUCCUCUCAACCUCGAGUAGCGCAAACGCAGAUAUCAGAUAUCACCACCUCCUCCUCCGCUUCCCGUUCCCAAACUUUUGUCGCCCUUGCUCGCCGGUGCUCGCAUUUCUUUCCAUAUUGGCUACACUCUGUAUUCUUGCUCUGUUUUUCUCUCGCUACAUGGUUCACCCAUCGCAUCCUUCCCCCUCUCCCAAUACUGGUAGUCCUCGGUCUUAUGCUGCCACCUCAUUCCUCACCGUCCACCAAAAGUCUCCCGUAUCAACCUUUUCCCUGCAGCCUCACAUUCACAUUCACAUCUACGAGUACCAUCUCGAACUGCCUGCAACUGCACACUGCACACUGCCCACUCGCACGCUCUGCCACUCCCACUCCCAUCCACCCUUCCUGUGCCGACGUGAAUCCUCUCCUCUCCCGGUCCAACUGCACUCGGCCAACCCUUUCGUGAGAACUUUGACCGCCCGGUCUUCACCCUUCGCAUAUCAUCCAAGCCAUCCCAGCAAGAGUGGGGAUCCUUGCGUCUGUGUGCUGCAGCAAAAAAGUGGUUGACGAACGAGACGCCCGCUCCUCAAUAUCGUGCAGCUUGCCUGCAUAAACACAAGACGCCAACCAUUUCGCGAUCCACUCAUUGGCCCACUCAGCUGCCAUCGCGACAAGCGGCAGAAUUCUCUAGUCAAAUCUCUCGUCGGCGUCUCUUAACUGCUUCAUCCCUCCAUCGAUUUUUCUGGUGCGCCUGGAGGUCACGGUGCCGAGCACCACCAUUACGACAACUGUGAACAUUGUAAAGUUGGAGGAAGUCCGGUUACAGACGUAGUACCUGAGUACAGAAGGGCACGCACUGAGAAGGGUAGGUCCUGGCAAUUUCUUCUCUCCCCUCUUCGCCGGUGUUUUCGAUUUAGAUCAGCGGAUUUCGACGAUAUCAAACUGCAUGCAACCGCAGCGGAGUAUCCCAAACCUAACCUCGCCCCUCGAUCAACCCCCUCUUCAAAACAACAACUCUUUGUUAUUCUCAACAACACAGAACUUUUCAACACACGACCCGGACCACACUUCCUUCUUUCUCGCGGGCUCUGCAGCAGCAAAAACGCCAUGCCGACAACCCCCCGUUAAUAUUAUUUGAUUAAAUGGCAAUCGCUUAUCAUGUUGUGUGACUUACAGACCGCUUCUCAUACUGCACUUCGCUCGAGUUGUACGCCGCGAGGAUCUUUACAGACAUACAAGGCAACGUUCAGCCACUUGUAAAAUUUUCACGAUUCACGGACCGGUCCCCUACUCUACUCCAAAGACACAGCUGGGCCACAUGUAUCCUCAAUGAUGGACACUGAGGAUGGGCAGUUCUUCACAAAGGUUAGUGAGAAUGCUAUUAGAGUGUUUGAUACUCGUGUGAGACGGCAACUAACCAUAUCUUCCGCUAGAACCUCGCCCACUUUGUGCGAACCCACGAGAAGGCACUGGCAAAUGCUCUUCAACUACGCCGUCAACAGGCACCAAAACAUGGUUCAACUCCAAGUGUGGGAUCAGUAGGAGGCUCGAUUGUCCCAUCGUCUCCUACUGUCACGCAUUCUCCCUCAUCCGCUACGUCCUCAUCAACCUCGAACACACUGGCCGCGGCUCUCUCCCUACCAUAUUUAACAUUCGCCUCGCACAACAUAAAACCUGCAAAGCUUGCCUUGACGCCUCACCACCUCUUUUUCCUCCUUUCGCGAUUCGAAGACCUUGGGAUAACGGUUGGACCUAUGAAUGUGCGUUUAGAAAACCUGCACGCAGAAUCAACAUCGGCAAAUUAUGUCUCCUUUUUGGGACAAUCACAACGGCCGAAGGGCCGUGGAUCAGACAAUGGAUCGAUACAUUCCGUAUCAAGUGUGAGAAGUGUAAUGUCUGGCAUGUCCAGUCUGUGGUCAAAUUUUGGGCUUGGAUCUGGAGGUGCAGCUGCACGGACUGAAAAACAAAAGGCAGCAAUCGAUGCGGACCUGAAAUACCUAUACUCGGCAUUUACGAAGAUCCCAUGCUUACGGCUUGCGCCUGAUCGACGAGCCCGUCUUAUCGAAGGAUUUGAGGAAUUCCCAUUUGACUCGGCUGUCCCACUACAUGCUUUCAAAAAUAUCAGCGCUCUGGAAAUCAGUGAUAUCGACUUUCGACAAUUCUUUGGCUGGGAUCGACUGGCGGAACAACUUAGGUCUUUGACAAUCAAGCGUGCAUCCAUCGAUGAUGUGGAGGAUCUGCUUGUCAAUAUUGUGCUUGAUGAUAAGGAUAAACGACGACGAAGGUCCUCUAAACAACAAAUGUCCCCGACCACUACAUGGGCUGCAUCUUCAAGUCCCAAGCGAAGUCCAACUAUACCUCAUGCCGAAUUGGUAAAAUCAAAUUCCGCACCCGGGUCUCCCGACCAGCGAAGUCAUAUAGCAGAUGACAUGGACACCCGCAGUGCUCUACUUACCCGAUCAGGGUCGGACGGGGCGAAAUCUCCUGGAAAGGCGAGGCCAAGAAGCAACUCACCUGUCCGGCCGACUAGCUCAAGAACCGGUUCGGCACAUGGUCAUCUAAGAGGUUCACAUAAAGUCAAAAGAUCUGGGUCCGGUAGCUCUAACUCGAGCAUGUCAGAUAGCUGGCACAACCCUCGAGGUAGUUCCUCCAAUCUGCUAUCAUCAAUGGGAGUCCUUCCUUCCUCAAAAUGGAGAUUUUUGAAACAUCUCAGUCUUGCUGAUAAUGGCCUUACUUCUAUAUCUGCAUCAAGUUUGGCACCACUGGCCAACACUCUACACUCCCUCGAUCUAUCAUCAAAUCUGUUUGUCCAGAUACCUGAUUGCCUAGCCUCCUUGACGGCCUUGAGGGCCCUCAAUCUAUCUAAUUGCAUGAUCGAUUCAUUGCAUUCUUUGACCAGAUGUCCUCUGCCUGCUAUUUCGGCUCUGAAUCUGCGAUCUAAUCGACUAAUAUCAAUUGCUGGCAUUGAACGACUUUACCCUCUGGAAAGAUUAGAUCUUAGGGAUAACAAAAUGACAGAUCCAACCGAGUUGGCAAGAUUGACGGGAAUUCCGGACUUGAGAGAUAUCUGGGUCCUCGGAAAUCCAUUCGUCAAGACCCAUAGUGGCUAUCGUGUUACCAUUUUCAAUCUAUUUAGGAAAGCACCCGGUUACACAGAGGAUAUCGUCAUUGAUACCUACGGUCCUGGGUACAGUGAGAGACGCCAACUGGUUGAGCGAGUUGCGGAAAAACCCAACGUUCCAGUCGUCAAGCCAGUCUUAGAUUAUGGCCUGAGCUCUGUGGGUGUCAACAAACCCAUUAUUGAUUACCCCAUCCCGCAACAACCUGUAGUUCUACGCAAGGAACGCCCGCAGCCUGGGCACGCAACGAGUGAAAUACACACCUCAUCCACAGGGCGAAGGCGGAGAACGCAGAAAAGACGUAUUGUGGAUUUGUCGAACUCGGACACUUCGCCCACGAAGGAACCUCCCGCAGUGCGAUUCUCCGCAGAAGAACAAACACCGGUUCCGGCAAUUGCAGAUAUAGGUUACGAUACAACCCCUGAUCCAUCACCGCGAACUGUUCCUACAUUCCCAUCUCCGGAACCACGGAAGGCUCAAAGUCAAGUGGAAGUACCGCGUAUAGAUACGUCAAUCGUACCUCGCUUACCUCCCAUUCAAACGCAAUCCCCAAUACAGACGCAGUCGUAUGAACCCUCAGGGAAGCUACAGGAUUCUAACGACCCUCAAGACUGGAGGGUCGGUGGUGAGAUGUACAGAAAGAAGUUGGAAGCCUUGCGAAGCGAGGUUGGUAAUGGCUGGCUCAGCGUAUUGAGCGAAGAAGGCUGGGAAACACAAAAGAAUUCCCAAGCGCCCGAUUUUUCGGCUCCGGACUUCAAUUCAACUAAUGCUAUACGGCCGAGUCCCAUACCAGCUCGAGCCAACAAUGAACAAACCAUCCACAGUGGCCGAAGAUUAGGAUGAGAUUCUUCACCACUUAACCACGACUCAAAGCCCAUGUUGUGACAUUGAGACCACGUUUUUACUUAGGUGGCUAGCUCCCGUUGGGGAAUACGCAAUCGUCGUUGUUCUGGGGUUGCGUUGGAGGAGCAUUUUUCUUGAUACCCUCGUCGCUGUUUCGAAGUUCUCAUUUUACUUGGUUCUUCAUGUGACUUUGCUUCGUUUUUUGCUGGUCUUCAAAAAGGCUGUUCUUGCUGCAUUUUGCUACUUUACAUUUUGCGACAUUGGGUGUGUUUUUGACAUUUUUUUUCUCUUGCUCGUCGGUUCAUUAUUUAGUCAUCGAUGCAUAGCGUACAGGUUUUGGAGGGGUUCAUUCAUCAUCUUUUUUCUUCUUUAUGCUGGAUUCUACUUUUUUUGCCUCUCUUUAUCUUUCAUGAGAUUAUGAGGGAAAAAUGCAUGGUAGACCAUGCGGUGUUAUGUAGAUGUGAAUUUUCUUUUCAUUUUUCCUCGUCUUCUGGAGUUUGAACUCGUAUGAGUUGAGAUGAGCUAGCUGUUGGGGGAGAUGAAGUUGAGGUGUAAAAUAGGGGUUGGGUUUUCGUUUUCGUUUUUUCUUCUAUUUGAGAUUUUGGGGCUUUUGAUAUGGGAAAUGAUUUGGGUAGGGGGGAGUGAGUGGCGUCGUCUUUUUUUUAACGAUUAGCAAGCAUAAUUCUCUUCUCGACUUUUUUUGUGAUGUAUAUGCAUGGGAGGGGAUGGGACCUUGGGUCAUGAGUGGAUGGUAAUGAAAUGAAUGGAAUGGCAUAUUUUUGAACAUGAA